AGCUCCCGGAGAGUUAGGGCUCCGAGCCGAGCGCGCGGAGCGGCCGGGGCCGGGGCGCGGAUGCUGGAAGUUCACAUCCCGUCGGUGGGGCCUGAGGCCGAGGGGCCCAGGCAGAGCCCGGAGAAAGGCCACAUGGUGUUCCAAGUGGAGGUGCUGUGCAGCGGGCGCAGACACACGGUGCCGAGGCGCUACAGCGAGUUCCACGCGCUGCACAAGCGGGUGAGGCGGCGCCGACCUCCCACCGGCCCCGGCCCAGCCUCCGUCCGGCCCCUGCCGAGGCCCUGUGAGAUCAAGAAGCUGUACAAAGUGCCCGACUUCCCCUCGAAACGCCUGCCCAACUGGAGGACCAGAGGGUUGGAACAGCGCCGGCAGGGCUUGGAGGCCUACAUCCAGGGCAUCCUGUACCUGAAUCAGGAGGUGCCCAAGGAGUUACUGGAAUUCCUGAGACUUCGGCACUUCCCCACAGAUCUCAAGGCUAGCAACUGGGGCACCCUGGGGGAGUUCCUGCCUCGCGAGAGCAGCUCCCAGCAGCACCAGCGGCCUGUCCUGAGCUUCCAUAUGGAUCCCUAUGUUUGCACCCCCUCCCCAGAGCCGCUGCCCAACGUGGUGGUGAAUGGUGUGCUCCAGGGCCUCUACAGCUUCAGCAUCAGCCCAGAUAAAGCCCAGCCAAAGGCGGCCUGUCACCCUGCUCCUCUGCCACCGAUGCCCUAAUCAGUCCAGAGGCCGUUGGCUGCCUCCUAAGAAAGUUAUGUGCCUCUGUUCUAUGAACUCCAUAUAAGGCUAGGUCCUCCCUGGGCCUGGACUCAGGACUUAACUACCCAGUGUCCAGUUGUGCCACAUUCCCACUCAAGGCUCAGAACUUAGCUUGCAUUGGUAGCUGGAGGUAGUAGAAUCUGCAUGCUCUUAGAGCCCAAGAACCAAGGCAGGGUCAAGAAGAUAAGUAAUAAAGGAAGAAGUCAG